UGCAUGUAGAUGUGAACUGAUGAUUCUCUAUCAAGUGAAGCAGAACGUUGUGUAUAAUACUUAUCUAUAUUUUGCGUUUAAUUAUCCCACAGAAAUUGAUUUACUGCGUGUGCGUGCCUAUGUGUGCAUGGUGUGAAAGAGAGCAUUCUCUGGCCUAGAAUCUAAUCCACUUAGUGGUGCUCUUGCAUCCGGCUUGUUGCCCGUCAGACACUUCCUCCAAUGAUGGACAAGACUGGCAGACACAGAGAGGCUAUGUACAGAACUGAAAUAGGAUGUUGAGGCUCUUGAUUGUUGCCACUCUAUUCAACGGCAGAGAUGGAAUCAAUACUUUUUGCUCUAGUCGUGCAGCUAUUGCAAUGCACUCAAGAAAGCCAUUCUUAUAACAAUAUCUUGUUAUUUCUCGCCUCCUUUUCUUAUACACUACAAUUGCACAUCCAUACAAAACUGUAUAAUGUACAUGAAUAUAUCUGCAACCCAUUCUAUGGCUCUGUGUAAGCACAGCACAUAGUAUUAUAUCUGUGGUAGUUGUGGAUGGGUGUUGUUAGCUGUGUUUAAAAGAUUAACCAGUCCUAGGAGCUUAGUGUUAGCAGCACUCACUGUGCUCUGCUUCCUUACUCUGUCGCUAUCUCUGGACCCUACUGCAGAUAGAGUUCAUGCAGAACACCUGAAGACUACUUGGCAUGCUUCUGUGCCUUUUUAUGGAGAUUUAAAUGGAAGUUUGAAGAGAAACUCAUUAACAUCCAUGCAUGCUUUUUCUUUGGUUCAGAACUGAGGUGUUUACGUCUCCUGCUUGUUGAGACUGCUACUGAGGGACAGAAGACAGGCAACCAUGAGACUGUACUCACUGCUGCUUCUGCUCCUGGGGUCCUCACACGGGGUAUUCACACAGCUGCCUGUGUUAAUGGAGGAGGAAGGUAGCGGUGUGACAGAGGUGACUCCAGAGCCAGAACCUGUGGAUGACACCUACUGGUCAGGCACAGCCCCCAUCUGUAUGGGAGGUUGUAAGGGGAGACACCAGGAACUGAAGAAGGAUCGCUGUGGGGACUCUGACUGCUGCUGGUUUGGCUAUAAAUCCCUCUGCAGAGUGUUUGUCCUGUUUGCUCUUGUUCUAUAGUGUUUGUCCUGUUUGCUCUUGUUCUAUGGUGUUUGUCCUGUUUGCUCUUGUUCUAUGGUGUUUGUCCUGUUUGCUCUUGUUCUAUGGUGUUUGCUCUUGUUCUAUGGUGUUUGUCCUGUUUGCUCUUGUUCUAUGGUGUUUGUCCUGUUUGCUCUUGUUCUAUGGUGUUUGUUCUGUGUGGUUCAGUGAACUGUGGGAGGCCUGAUGUGGACUAUAACGGGAUGGUGUACGGGAACGACUGGUGGGUGGGCUCUGUUGUCCGGUAUGCCUGUCGCUCUGGCUUCCUAUUGGUGGGGGACCCUGCCCGAGCCUGCCAGUCCAAUGGAGGCUGGACCCCCAAACCCUCCUGUCUCAGGGUGUGUCGUCAGGGCCGUGUGGAGAUCACUGAGAAGGAGCUAGAAACAGCUACCUGCUCCUCCACUUGUCCCCUUAAGUCCUACAUGGGGCCUCUUAAGCAGGGCUGCUACGGCAUUGACAACUGCAGGAAGAUGAAUCCUGACUGGAAGCGCUGGUUCACCCGCUGUGACACGUGCCUGUGUGAUUGUCACAUCGCUUGUGUAUCUUUAGGUUAAAAGACGGACAAAUUCCACUAUUGAGUGACUAGAAUAUGUAUUCCAAAACCAUCACAAGGAUAUCGGUGAACAGCCUAACAUCACAGAUCCUCAUUGGAAUCUCAAUCGGACUAUUGCUGCUUCAUCUGCUGUCAAAAGGAGGAUCAAAGGGAAACCUAGCGAGACAUCUCUGUGGAACUAACAACAGUCUGUCGUGAGAGACUGCGGUCCUAACCUCAACAACCUCAUAGGGUUAACGUAUAGAACACAGUGGAGGUAAAGACACUACUUUUCCUCAGUUUCCUAAACAAACUCCCUGACUACAUAAAGGACUCAUCAUGCAGCGUAUAUUAACAGUUUGACGAUAGAGGGGGAGGCCUCUCCUAGUGUAGAGGUUCUCUUGGGAUUAACGAGUUGUCCUUUAGCUCAACCUGCUCAUUCAAUCUGUCCUGGAACCUAGAAUGAGCUAGUUGUUGAGCUGAGACCUUAAUCUUGUUACCCACCGCAGCCCAGAGGAGAGUAGAGGUGUCGGUGGAAGUCAGACAGGAGGACCAGGUUAACUAUCUAACAGCAUGUUUACUGUACUGCAUGUGGGGAUAGCUUGGAAUACAUAAUAUGCAAUGUAUAUUUCUAAAUGGAUGGGGAUAUACAAUAUUAACGAAGUGUGUCUUAAUUUCUCUUUAUGUUACAGCCAUUGGUUGGACUGUCUGUAUUGCUUAAGAGUUACCCAGACAUAGAUGGUUGUCCAAAGUCAAAGAUGCUUCCUCACUAACAGUGCUAGUUGUUGAUGAUUUGUCAUUGUCUUAUAAAUCCAACUCUGUGUUUAGACCAUAGGGAUCUAGAUUCAUUCUAUUUUGAAUCCAUUCUAUUUAAUUAUGUUUGUUUAGAUCAAGAGCUGAGCCUCAGGAUAUGUUUGUUUUCUUUGCGUUUGUAGCAGCCAACUCCUGCAAUGAAAUGAACAUGACCAAGUCAAACAUUAUUUUGUCUUAGUAAUGCUAUGCUAACAACUGCUUAUUACACACAGAAUGGAAUAGUGUUGUACAUACUGGGAGAACAGAAGAAUAAGCGAUGAUUCAUAAGCACUGUUUUAGACCCGCAAGAACCUGCAUCCAUCCUGGUCUGAACCCCAGAGGACUCUGACAGUAGCUCCCAGGAGGUCUGAUUGGCCUCAUUUCCAGCCACUCAAUUCACACGCUUCCAGGGGCAGCCCAGAGUUUGGGUAACUCUUUCUCUGUGAACCUAUUAAAUGGAGAGCAACAAGUGUAAGUUCAUCAUGCACAACAAGGCAGGAUAGGCUAUGAUGACUGACCAUACCGUACAACAUUUUGAUAAGAGAAAUUGACUUUGAUUUCUGGAAGUAUGUCAUUGUAAAAUGUAUAUGAAUUAAGCCUGAAAAUGUAUGAUUAUACAAGAGAUUACAUGGACUUCUCUGUCAAAUAAAAUGUAUUUAAAUUUG